GUCACUUUGCAGAAUUCCUGUCUAAUGAUGGCGGAGAAGUCACAAGGAUCUGACAGCCCUCAAGAAGGCCAGGAAAAGAGCAAAAGAGAGAUCCUGAGGCACACUAAGACAGCCUGGGUGCCUCUGGAUGGACAGUUGGCUCUUGGGUCUGAGGAGGAGAGCCAGCUGGUCAGCGUCCCUAUGCUGGAAGAUUUCAAACAGGAGAACAUCCAGCAGUGGCUGGACUCUGGAUUCUUUGUCUCUGUAAAUGAACAUUUCCAGCAGGUCAUCGACCCCACUGGUUCUUUGCAUGAAGAAGGGAUGGUCCAAAUGACUGUGAAAGACUACAUGAGAUCCCUGCACCAGCUCUCAGAGUCGCCCAGCCUGUCCAGGGGGGCCAGUUUUAAUUCUUGCCAUUCUACCACAAGUGUGCCACAAAGCAUUCCUGAAUGGCUGGAAUUCUGGGAAAACGAUCCAGUGGACAUUCUCUUGGAUCUGGGGUUUGGUGCUGAUGAGCCAGACAUCUGCACACGGAUCCCAGCCAGAUUCCUUGCUUGUGGCUCAGCUGCCAGAGGAAUCAACUUCCAUGUAUUUCUUGAAGCUCAGAAGCAACGAAUGGAUGUGGAGAACCCUAACUUGUAUGGCCGAUUCCGACAGCUGGAAAUCCUGGACCAUGUGACCAGUGCCUUCUCCUCUUUGCUGCAUGAUGUUAACGUGCUACAAAACAAUGCUGGAGAGGAAUCUAGAAGGCAAGGGCUGCCAAAGACUUCGGCAAGGGGAGCUCAAGAGCCUCAAAAACGAAUGAGCCAACUUUUGAGGAGAGCUUCAAGGCAGGACACCAGGAGGAUCAGCAACCCAGAGGCCCCUGAAGUUUUCAGGGUGGAGAAUGGGUUCCCUACAACCUCAGCCAAACCAUGGGACUAUCGAGCAGAGUUACCAAUGGCCUCCAUCAGCCACAGCCAAGACCACGAGUCUCCUCCCACAGAGCAUCAUUCUGUCCAAAUCUGCAAUGCCCGGACCCCCUGUCACCUUCCACGAGCCGCCCUGGAGCCUGGCUCCUCCAUGCUGGCCAGGCAGCCUCCUCUUCUCUGGGCACCUCUAGGGUCAGUCAGGGCCAGAACCUGGAAGGACAACUGGAUUUACACAAGCAAGCUCAAGAACUCACCUCAUUCUGCAGGCAAAGGACCAGACUCCUUUGAAAUGGAGGAGGUGCAGAGCUUUGAAGAGGAGACAGGCAACACCUUCAGCCUGACCUCAGGAACCACAGGCACCAGUGUAGACAGAGCAAACAGCUGCCAGUCUGACAGCAGUGGGUUUCUGGAGGAGCCACUGGAGCCCCCACCCAUCCAGAGCAGCCAAGGUCCCACUGAAGAUGGAGGCAGGAAGCCAAGGGAUCCGAGACACUGCUCUGUGUCCUCCCAGGAUUUCCAGCAAGAGUCAGGUGGCUCUGAUUCCAUGGACCGGGUGGGCACAUCUUUCUCAAGCCAAGACUGCAGUGUCUUGGAAGAAAAGACCUCCAUAUGUGUGCUGGAGGAAGAGCCUCUGUUUGGGGCCUCUGGGGGGCCUCCAGAGCUAUGGACUUCAGACACAGCUCCAGAUAUAGACUCCAAGAUCCACACAGGGGGAGAAGACCCAGAGGAAGAUGUGGAAUAUGAGGAUGGUGAAGGCCUGGCCACUUCCACAAAUCCUGGCCCUCUGGGGCCCCUGGUGGCUGAAGUUACAGAAGAGAAGGUUGGGGAUGGGUCUGUGGGGCCUGAGGGGGCAGGAGAGGCACCAGGGGAGUGGCAGUACCAGGAUCCUCAAAGGUUACCUGGAAUGGACCCUACUCGAGUUGGAGUCCUGCAUGUGUACUCUAGGUCCCCAGGAGCCAUGGAGAGCAGCACGCUCUGCUCUGACACCAGCAAGACUGUCCUGGCACGAGAGAUGCCACCAAAGCAUAUCGCCAGGCACAGAAGAGUGACAUCCCGCACAGCUGACCUUGUUUGCACAGCAGAGUCUAGUCUCUACCUCCACACCCUCCCUGAGGCAGACACAGGCAGUCACUGGUCGGUGUCCUACAAUCUGGAGUCAGGUGCUCAGAAUGCAGUAGCUAUGGGGAACAACUGCAGAGGUGCAGUUUCAGAACAAACUCUGUGUGACCCCAUCACUGUGACAGGAGGGAGACUGGGCACCCAAGUGGUGCAGGUCCAUGAUGCAUCUGUUCAGACAUGCAGAUCCCCACCACAGCUCUGCUGUUUUUCCCCCAGGGACAAGCACUGUGCUCAUGGGCAUCGUGUCCUCACCAAGUCAGCCUCUCUGGACACAGAUUUCCCCAGGGUCUGCACAGCAGGCUUCUGCCACACCACACCUGUCCACCGCUGCCUCUGUGGCCCACACUAUCCCCAUGUCAACAGGCACUGCCUCAGCCUUGCACCCUCCACCUGCUCACAGGGCCUGCACCCACAGACAGAGCUUGCAGAAGCUGAGCUCAUGAAGACCCCAAAAAUCCUGCCAGACACCACCAGGAAGGAGGUGCGAUCUUGCACCCUACAUGGGCUAGAAGCCAUUACAAUUGUAUGCCAGAGUUUCCGGGAGUACCUAGAAGAAGUUGGACAGCACCUGGCAGGACAGCAGGCACUUCUCUCCAGGGAUAUGUCAGAAGAGGAAAGGGAGGAGGUGCAGCACCUGCAUACCAUGCGGGAGGCAUUGAAACAUCAGAUGGCAGAGCUGGAGUUUCAGCUUGGAGACCUCGCUGGGCAAAUCAGAGAAGAGAUCCUACUGCAGCUGGACUGCCUCACAAGAGAGCCCCUGGGACUCCAUGUAAACCCGUCCCAACAUGACUGGACAGAAAACAGAAAUGGCCAGAGUCUGUGUGCUCACACUCACCCUGCCAUGGUCCCAGAGACUGCCAGUGCUCCUCUCUCAGGGGAGAGCCAGCCGCCCGUUGCCUGCACUCCACCGGUCCUGGUGGCCAGCAUCAGGCCAUCUGCCCCAGCACCUGCUCAGGAGCGAAGACUUCAGUGAGUUGCGUGGUGAAGACAGAAGGUGAAACCUUGGAAGCUGCUCCAAGCCAGAGCACAUGCACAGACCAUGUAGAUUUGUGUAAAGAAAUGAAUUUUUAACCCACAGAAAA